GUCUGUGAGACGCGGCUCUCCGCGUGCGCACCGAACACAGCGUGCGAGAAACCAGCUUCUCACUUCAGCUUUUCUGCGUCUUGUGUUUGGAUGGUUUAAACUCUUUUGAAUGUUUAAAUUGGCAAGGUUUUAAAACACGUGAAAAUGAUAAGUUUUCGUGACGACGCGCAGCAGUGGCCUGUCAACUUUCCUGAGCGUCCAGACGGUUGAGAUCGCCGGGGGCCCCCCAAUCAGCGGUGGGCCCCUAUAAUCGUCACCACGUUUCACCCCACUAGCGACGCCCCUGAUUUAUAUAUAUAUAUAUAUUUGAAGCAAAUGCUGAUGUUAUUUUAGAAAAAACGCAUGUUUUACUUGGGGACACUUAAUUUUAUAAAUGUUUGUUUUGUUGAAUUUGUGUUAACUCUUCGUUGGGGAUUGAUUUUACUAAUAUGACGCUGUGAAAGCAAGGACUGUGCUGUUCUUCAGCACCACAUGCUCUGAAUCACAGCGCAGGCCGGGCUUGACGUCAGCUGUGCGAAUCAUCUCAACCACCAAUCAGAUGCGAACAAGCAGGCGCCGCUGUCUGUGAACUGCCAGCGCGUUAUGAGCGGAAUGACAAGCCAAGGCUGAACGCUGCCCAGGUAAGAAACCUUGAUGCCAAGUAAAUAAAACCAAGAACAACAACAGACGCAAGACGAUGUAUUCUUUUUCACCCACGUUUUAUUUUGCAUCUUAACAAGAUGCGCUUGGCAUGGGAUGCUUUCCUGAGCCUCAUCUAUUCUUCAUCUUCACUUGAUGGAAGAGGGAUAGAGAAACGAGCUCGUUCUGUGUGAUACACCCUCCUGCCGUAGUGAUGAGUAACCUGCUCCAAAACACUUCUCUUUUGAAUUGGGAUGUACUAGAGGGAAGAAACGCGUCGCCUGCCCCGUCCUGGGAGCUGGAGCCGGUGCCGGCGAUUGUUAACCCGUGGGACGUGCUGCUGUGCGUGACGGGAACGCUCAUGUCCUGCGAGAACGCAGUGGUGAUUGCUCUGAUCGCCUACACGCCCACCUUGAGAGCGCCUAUGUUCGUCCUCAUCGGGAGUCUAGCGUUUGCUGACCUCCUGGCCGGCCUGGGCCUGAUCCUCAAUUUCACUGUAACUUACAUAAUCGAUUCAGGAUUUGUCACGCUACUGUUGGCAGGACUCCUCAUCACAGCCUUCUCGGCCUCUGUGCUCAACAUCCUGGCGAUCACCGUGGACCGUUACCUGUCGCUGUACAACGCGUUGACGUACCACACCGAGGGCACGGUGAUGUUCACCUACAUCACACUCAUCCUGAUGUGGGUCAUCAGCACCGCGCUCGGUUCGCUCCCUGUCCUGGGCUGGAACUGCUUGGAGGACGAGAGCACCUGUAGCAUCUGUAGACCGGUGAACAAAAACAACGCCGCGGCGCUCGCCGUGUCCUUCCUCCUGGUCUUCGGUCUCAUUCUGCAGCUGUACCUUCAGAUCUGCAAGAUCGCUUUCCGGCACGCUCAGCAAAUCGCCGUUCAGCAUCAGUUUAUGACUACCUCACAUUCGUCUUCCACCACGAAAGGGGUCUCCACCCUCACCACCAUCCUGGGCACUUUUGGCUUCUGUUGGAUCCCUCUUGCCAUGUACUCGCUGGUGGCGGACACCCGAACCCCUGUGAUCUACACCUACGCUAUGGCUUUUCCGGCCAUCUGCCACUCCAUCAUUAACCCCAUGAUAUAUGCGUUCAGGAACCCUGAAAUUCUAAGAUCUUUGAGAAUUGCUUGUUGUUUGUGCAUGCCUUACAGUUUCACCAUGCGACCCAGGACACCCAGCGAUGUGUAGGAUCUUCAGUUUAAAGCACAAUGUUGGCAGUGACCUGUCUGUAAAGCACAUGGUGCAUUUAAUCCACAUAUUGUAAUCCAGUGGAGUGAGGGAAUUUUUAAUUUUUUUAUUUGGCCGAUUUGGUAGCACUUCAUAUCAUUGUGACCUAUAAUAUAGUAACACGUUACUAUAAUUAACUGGUAAUCAGAAUAAUUUUAUAUAACAUCUACUUUAACUUCCUUAUGGUAAAGGACAUGGUUGGUGAUGGGUAAAAAAAGAGAAAUUUUGGUGCUUUUCCAUUCACCUUUGUAUCAGAAAUAAUAUGAGGUGGGAUGUUUGAAUGUAUUUGAAAUUUUGCAUUCACUCAAAACUUUUGUGUUGCCCCAAGAAACUUUGCGUUCACCCGUGAAACAUUUGUGGUAGAAAUAAUAUGAUUUGGGAGGAAUAAUAGAAAUAAUGUGAGGUGGGAAGAAAGAUUAUAUUUCAAGGUUUUUGCAUUCUCUUGUAAGACUUUCACAUUCACUGCUGAGCAUGCUGGAAACUUUGCAUUCACAUGCAAAAGUUUUGUAUUCAAUCAAGAAACUUUGUGCUAUAUGAAGUGGGAGGAAAAACUGUAUUUCAGUGUUUUUAAAUUCUCUCGCAAAGCUGUAGUGUUUCCCCAAUAAAUUUUGCAUUUGCAUGCAAAAGUUUUGCAUAUCCCAGAGAAACUUUGCAUUCACUCACAAUUUUGUGCUGGCCCAAGAAACUUUGCUUUCGCUCGUGAAAUAUUUAUGAUAUAAUUAACAUGAUUUGGGAGGAAAAAUUGCAUUUCAGUGCUCUUGUGAGUGAAUGGUAAGUUUCUCAUGGAAAUGCAAUAGUUUUGCGAGUGAAUGCUAAUGUUUUGAAAGAGAACAGCAAAUUUUGGUUUUGUGAGUGUACACAAAAGCAUCAAAAUAUAAUUUUUCCUCCAUUCUCAUAUUUUUUCCCCUUAGGGGCUCCGUACUGAAUGGAAACAAAUAACCUACAAGUUGCUUCAAACCACUGUACAAUUGUACUGUAUAAAAAAAAAAAAAAAAAAAAAAAAAAAACUAUCUGUAAUGGUUUAAUACAUACUGUAUGGCAGAUAUACAGGAUGCCUACAGUAUUGUAAAAUUAACAUUAGCAUAGCAUAGCCACAACAUACCUACAAUCUGCUGCUGGUUAAUAAUAAUAAUAAUUAUGAAAUAUUGUGGCUAAAUAAUACAAUAUUUUUAGCCUUAAUAUUAUAAUAACAUCCAGGACACUAAGUGAUUUCCAAAACAACGAUAUCCAGUCAAACUACUGAAAUACCUCAUUAAUUCACAGAAAAGCCACAAAAUUUUCCACAGAAAAAAACCAUUGCACUUCAGUUCUAUCAAAAUACAGCAUACAAGCUGCUCCAUUUAACAAUUCCACA